AUGGCGUCAGGAGGCGACCGCGUUUUGAGUUUUGUCACAGGAAAUCCUGGAAAAUUGGCCGAAGUCAAGGCUAUUCUAUCAAAUAUGGAGGUGAGUUAAGAAUCUGAAAAAAGGCUCAUGCUUUUGAAGUUUUUUUACGGUACCUUUUUAUUGAUUUAAAGUGUUUGAAAAAUAGAAAAAUAGCAAGUUUGAAUUUUUUUCGAAAAAAAGGUGGGAAUUUCAAGUUAAAAAAAGAUGUGAGAAUUUUUUUAAUCAAUUUUAGAGUUAGUUUUUCUGUUUAAUAACGACAUGGUUCAUAAAUAAAAUUUUGCGCAAAAAUUUUCCGGUUUUUUUUAAAGGAGCGCGUAUAAAUUUGCGUGAAAGUCUCGAUGGUGAGAGCCGUUUUCAGAUAAUUUUACUACCAUUAAAGAUUUUUUCCGCUUGAACAACUUUCUGCUCCGUUCAGAUUUUUAAUUUCAAGUAGGAUGAAGUCAUUCGAAGAUGCUCUGUGGAUGGCUCAAUCUCUGAAUGGUUUAUCGCACCUUUAGGGGGCGGAGCUUGAGCGAGCACUUGACAUUUGAAAUCUGAGAAAACUAUAUUUUUGUAAUCAAUUUAUUUCGGGCUAAGAUCAACUUUAUAAUCUUUUUUUCUAGAUCCGUAGCUACGACGUCGAUCUGAACGAAUAUCAAGGCGAGCCCGAAUUCAUUUCGGAGAAAAAGUGCAGAGAAGCGGUCGCCGUUGUACAAGGACCUGUUAUUGUAGAAUUUUUUCAGUAAAAUAAGCUUUAAUUUUCAUUUUUCAGGUGGAGGACACGAGUCUCUGUUUCAACGCCUUUGGUGGAAUGCCUGGACCUUAUAUCAAAUGGUUUCUGAAAAGUUUGGGCCCCGGAGGAUUGUACAAAAUGUUGGGUGGGUUUUUAUUUUAAUUUCAGAAAUUGAAUGGCUUGCCAUUUUUUUUUUUACUUGACGCACUUUUCAUUUAUUUUGAAGCCUUUUUUCGUUUUUUUUUUCUGCCCCAUUUGUAAUAAUUUCUAGACCGUUACUUCCAGUUGGGAGUAACUUUUUUCCUAACUUGUGCCCAAUAUUUCGUGAAAUUUUGGGCCCAGUCAAUGGUGAAUGUGUUGUAUUGUUCUAAAAAUCUAGUGCACUUUGAAAAAAAAAAAAGAUCAACUUUAAAUUCCCUCCAAUCAUGUGAUUUUUUCCGUCUCAACUGUUUUUUUCUUUUAAUUUUUCUGUUAUUUUCCGAAUGCAGUUAUUCGCUGAUUCCUCUCCAGCCAGCAGUUAGAUAAUUUCAGAGAAAGUGCCUCGCCGUCGGUUCUGCUUCAGACGUCGGCGACUCUGCAUGGCAUUUUUGGGAUCAUUCGCGCUGAUUAUUCUGUAUUUGCUGGGAGUUCCGAGCUUGCUCAGGGAGACUCCAUACGAUCGAUUCAGCUGGCCAGAUAUUAAUGCAACAAAAUACGCGAUGGACACAAAAAUCAACAAAGAUCGUCACGGGUCUCAAAUUCUCAACCCCAACACCUACACGCGACUUUUGGCUCCUGAAUUUAGAAAAACUCGUCCCUUGAGCCUCUACAUCAUGAUCAAGUCGUUUGUCGGGAAUCUCGAACAACGGGAAGCUGUGAGAAAAACUUGGGGGAAGCGUCGUGUCGUAGAAGACUUCGAGGUCGUUCCGGUCUUCGUGGUGGGAAGGCGAAACGAAAACUGGCAUCUGAUUGAGCUGGAGCAUCAUCAGAACAACGACAUUUUGGCUGUUGAUUUUCUCGAUACCUACCGCAACAACACCAAGAAGCUCAUGGCUGCUAUCAGCUACGCUCAAGAAAUGGCUCCUUUUUUCGCCCUUCUCAUCGAUGACGACUACAUCCUGAACGUGAAAAGCCUGGUCGGCUACGUUAAGAAGAAGAAUUCGAGCUUUGAGAAUUAUGAAGGCUGGGCCUUCGACACGUCUCCUUUCCGAAUGCCGCUCCACAAGCAUUUUGUGUCGAUCGAGGACUAUCCGUUCAGCAGGUUUGGUUUGAAAGAAUAGCUGCGUUUUGAUAAGGCUGAAAAAAUAGUCCAGGAAUAAUAGCUUGCUUUGGGAAAGUCGUAACAGGCGCUUGACUUCUUUAUGUGUGACAUUGUUUUUUGGGACUGCCAAUUUUAGGCUUGAAAAUUAGGACGGCCAAAUUUAGGCUCGAAAAAGUGGGACUGCCAAAUUUAGACUUGAAAAAUGUGGGACUGCCAAAUUUAUGCUUGAAAAAGUGGGACUGCCAAAUUUAGACUUGAAAAAGUGGGACUGCCAAUUUUUAGCUUUGAAAAAGUAGGACUGCCAAUUUUAGGCUUGAAAAUUAGGACGGCCAAAUUUAGGCUCGAAAAAGUGGGACUGCCAAAUUUAGACUUGAAAAAUGUGGGACUGCCAAAUUUAUGCUUGAAAAAGUGGGACUGCCAAAUUUAGACUUGAAAAAUGUGGGACUGCCAAAUUUAGACUUGAAAAAGUGGGACUGCCAAAUUUAGACUUGAAAAAGUGGGACUGCCAAUUUUUAGCUUUGAAAAAGUAGGACUGCCAAUUUUAGGCUUGAAAAUUAGGACGGCCAAAUUUAGGCUCGAAAAAUGUGGGACUGCCAAAUUUGAGCUUGAAAAUGUGGGACUGCCAAAUUUUGAAUUUGAAGUUGCGAGUCUUGGUGAAUGGGGUCAAUCUUCGUGUACAGAGAAAAAAAGAAUGAAAAAAAUAAAAUUAGAAUUUUUUUGUAAUUAUUAACAAUUUUCGAUCAUUCUUGGAGCGAAGCUAUUUUUUUUUUACCAUUUUUCCACGCAGGCUAUUCUUUCAUAUUUUCACAGGUAUCCACCGUAUAUCUCCGCUGGUGCUGUUCUUCUCUCGCAGGCCACCGUCGAAACUUUUUUCCAUUUGAUCCCCUACGUCGAGGAAUAUUCUUUUGAUGACGUCUACGCUGGAAUUCUGGCGAAAAAGGCUGAAGUCCCAGUGAUUCACAAUCCGGCGUUCGUCUUCUGGACUCGCGAAAUGAAUAUCGAAGAGUGGAAAAGUGGAGAAGUCAUUGCGGCUCACGGAUACGACGCCAAGAAACUAGAGGAAAACUACAAAUAUUUAAAAGGGUUUGACUUACCCAUGUAGAGCUUUUUUGUAAGUCUUUGUCAUUUUUUUUUUUGCAUUUGUCAACUUUAUGUCUUUUUUUCUUUUUUUUUUCUUGAAAGAUCAUUUUUAUCUGCUCCUAAUCAAAUUUUUUUUCUGUCCUACUUCAAUCUUCUUUUUUUUCCGCUUUCUAUUCCACCUAUUACGUGCCUUCAAACAGAGAAGCCAUAAUGACAAGCUCCCAGAAAACUCUUUCUGUCUUUGAGCCUUUGAAGAAGGUUUUUUUCUUGAAUUUUCCUAAAAGCUUCUUCAAGAAAAAAAUUUUGAGAAUAUCCAGAAAACCAUAUGGGCUUUUCAGGCUUUUUUUGCAUGAAAAAUACUAAUAAUUUUAAACGUUUGAUUCCGUAUAUUAGACAAAAUUAACAGAUUUUCUGAAUAUUUUGAAUGGUUUCCUUUUUUUCUGAACCGUCCUGUGGGUAAUUUUUACCACUUCAAAAAAUACGUGUUUAAUUUUUGCCGGUUGUUCUGCUCAAUUGUCAUCUAAUUUUUUCUUCUUCAAAUGUUAGUUUUUGUAUAAUAUUAAAGAAUUAUAAAAAGAAGCUUACUUUUGUAAAUUAAACUAAACCGACUUCCUGGAAAAUGCCUUUCUUCGUAUUGAUAAGUUUCAAUUGGUCUCACUUCACUUCAAAUGAAACAAAGUUCAAAAAAUAACUUUACAGCCGGUUUUGAGGACAAGACGGCUUAUGCCCAGUGCGUGUUUGCCUAUACAGAAGGCGUCGAUGAGCCGGUUCAUGUAUUUUCUGGUCUGUUAAUUUUUGUUUCGAUCCAAUUCUGGAAUAAUUGUUCAGGUAAAUGCGCGGGGAAAAUUGUAGAACCGCGUGGACCGGCUAACUUCGGAUGGGAUCCUUGUUUUCAGGUACUUUCUUUGUAAAAAUUGGAGGUGUAGGGUUCUGAAAAAGAAAAGAAUCUGAAAAAGUUAAAAAAGUUACUUCAAAAGACCCUCUAUAGUGUUUUUUUUGUUGUGAGAUUAUAUUACUAUUUCAAGCGUUCAAGAGCGAAAAAUCUCCAAAGAACUCCGAAAAUUGACCUUUACGAUUGCCCUAAAUCAUUCAUUUCUACACAAAGUUCUUUUUCAGCCCGAUGGCUUCAAUGAAACUUUUGCCGAAAUGGACUCGGGCAUAAAAAACGGCAUUUCGCAUCGUUCGAAAGCGCUCGCUGAGCUCCAGAAGUUCUUCGCUAACUCCUGA